GUUUUCUAUUUACGCGAGUACAAAAAUGUAGUAAUAAACAAUUUUUACGUUAAAAACAGUGAUUUAGUGAAUGGCAGCUAUAUACUACUUCUAUAUUCAAGUGCAGCUUAAAAUAAUUCGUCCAAUCUGUUGUGUUUAUUGAUAAUGUCAGUAAUGUUUAGCUCCCAUACCUCUGUCAGUCUUGCACUUGGAAGCAUUUGUUCAUUGUAGUUGUGGUCUCGCUACCGACAUAACGCCUAUCUUGUGGUAUCAGCAAAACAAUGUUAUCGAAAUCGUAUCUUUCGUACUAAUAAACGAUGAUAAUAAAACAAGACCGAACUUUAGUUUUGAUGAACACGGACUAAUGAAGAAGGACACAAUUUCGUUGAAGUGUUUUUGUUUACGAAAUAAUUGUAAAAAUGAGACAUGCAACCUUACGAAAUGCAAAAAAGUGUAUCAGUGCAAGUAGGUAGUGAUUUUGCCCUUUUUCUGCCUAGUGGUGUAUAUGAAAUUAAAAAGAUGGAGCCAAGAUCCAGGCUUCGUAAAGUGAUAUUGUUUUGUCUGCUGCUUUCACUAUUUGGAAUGGUCGCAUUUGGAUAUUUUUGCCCAGAACAGGUGUGCGCAAUGCCCUCCAGGGAGCGGGUAUCAGAAUCCUUAGCCCUCACGUACGCGGAGGCUCUAGGGCGUCCUCUACCCGACGUGAUCGCACAGCCGGGCCUGUCCUAUGACGAGGUGCUCCACGAUGAUUUCCGAUUCGAUCUGGACGCACACGACGUCAUGGUGUUCCUACACAUCCAGAAAACUGGAGGCACUUCCUUCGGAAGACAUCUGGUGAUGGAUCUCGAUUUAAAGCGGCCCUGCAACUGUCAACGCGCUCGAAAGCGGUGCCAUUGUUUUCGCCCCCACAGCAACGAAAUAUGGCUGUUUUCGAGAUACUCCACUGGCUGGAAAUGCGGUCUGCACGCGGACUUCACGGAGCUGACGGCGUGCGUGGGCGGCGAGCUAGACCGCCACGAGGGCUCCGCGGUCCACAGGAGAUACUUCUACAUCACGCUGCUGAGGGAACCUGUCGCCAGAUACCUAUCGGAGUACCGGCACGUGAAGCGGGGCGCCACGUGGAAGGGCUCCCGACACUGGUGCCAGGGCCGCACUGCCACCGCAUCCGAGGUGCCUCCCUGCUACACGGGGGAGUCGUGGCGGGGUGUGACGCUGGAGGAGUUCGCCGGGUGCCCUUGGAACCUGGCCAACAACCGCCAGACCCGCAUGCUGGCUGACUUGGCGCUCGUCGGCUGCUACAACGGCACGCUGCGCCACCGGACGGCUGACUCUGAUAGAGUGCUGCUCGCGUCCGCCAAGAGAAAUCUGGCUGCGAUGGCGUAUUUCGGCUUGACGGAGUUUCAGAGGAUCUCGCAGUACGUGUUCGAGGAGACUUUCAACCUGCGGUUCGCGGUGCCGUUCACGCAGCACAACGCGACGGUGUCGGGCGCGACGCUGGCGGCGCUGUCGCCGGCACAGGUCGCCCACAUCAAGCGACUCAACUCGCUCGACCUCGAGCUGUACGAGUUCGCCAAGACGCUCAUGUUCAAGAGGUUCGAAGCGCUGAAGAAGCGAGACAGCGACUUCGACUUCCGAUGGCGUCACCUCGGGGAGGUCGCUCCGAGGAACGGCAUCACCGAGUUCGACUGGGACAACAACCUGGAGGAUGCCACCACAGAGAAGUACAGGGGAAAGUAGCUCUACGGUUGGCAGUGAUAGUGUAUAGACUCGAAUAUCCGCGGCUAUGGUUGUGUUUGAUGUAUUAGUGAAUUUGAUGGGGUAUAAAGGCCCAAGGAUCGGUUGGACUGAUCGCAGGCUGACUUGAUCAUAGUGCACACAUACGAGGAUGCACGAAACCGGGCAGCUCGGCCUGCUAUCAGUCCGAACGCAUCGAUCGGCCUCCCCGUAUUUGGGACCGUGUGAUCCCCGCAUGUAUGAUAAACGAAAUGUUGCUAAAUAUACCACCGUUGUUUAUGAAAACUCGUAGCUAAAGACAGCUUUAUAUCUAUAAAAUCUCAGUAAAUAUUUUCUGUUUAUGUGAUCGCGUCGGUGCGAGACCCAGCAGGCAAACUAUUCCUAAUUUUGCACCAUGUGUCGCUCCCACGUCACCCACGUCAAAAGUUUUGUAUGUCCGCGCUCGCCGCCUUUUUGUCCAAGAUCUACAUAAAUUGUAAAUGAGGUGACACAGAAUAUGAAUGUAUACAGUUGCGAAUGUUUCAAUGUGGUUUUAAUACAAUGCAUAUUGACAGUCAUUUGAGUGUUUAAAUCUCUGUAACCUGAUUCUGCCAUUUUAUAUAGGUUCGUUUAUUGUUCGAUUCAGUCUGUUGUAAAAUUAUAUUUUUACACAAAGGUAACAUCAAUGCUUUAUGAAGAUUUUUAUUCUGUUGGAUUUACAUUUUUAAAAUAUAAUUUCGUAGGUAGUAAACGGACUAGAUCGACCGAAGGACGUUGCAUUAUACCAGAUUUACACUGUCGUGCGAGUCGCGGGACGAGGCCCUAGCCGAAGCACGAGACAAGAGUGUACGUAGACGCUCGUAAGUCGUGGCUCGCCUCACGACCAAAAUAGUUUUCUAGGACUUCGAGCUGAGUGUUUACAUUUGCUGCGAGCGUCUAAAGCCCGUUGUACACAUUGGACCAAGGCAAUGAGCCACCAGGCAAGGACCCACGCAUUGGGCCAACGUGUAAGAGUCCUACUUGACGGUAGUUGGUAGCGACAUUCCGUACUCUACACGUUGACCCAAUACCCUGACUCAAUGCGUUGGCCCAAUGUGACAGCCGACUUAAAUCUGGUAUUAAAAUCGUAGAAUCAGGGUACUGAUUUGGGCAUCCAAUUAAUCAGAUUGAUUUCAAUUUGACCGUGUUGAUUCAUCUGCAACACUGACGCAAUCGGUGAUGUGAACGAUUAGCGCAAAUUAAAGAGUGCGGUUGAUUGCUCGAUAUUCGACCUUCUCAUUUUGAGAACUACAUAAAGUGAACUCAGACUGAAUAAAAUCUGAAGACGGAGUUUAAAAAAAAGUGAGGCCGGUUUAAUGAAUGUUAGAAUGUCACAAACUGUGAGACCCAUUUUACUGUUAUUAUUAUGAUGUGUCCCAUUAAACAAACCACGCCUUACAAAUUGCAUAAUUUUACUGGUCUCUGUGGGCCUUACUUCAUUUGGCCAGAGCAAAAGACAUACAGAAUUAUAAAUGCAUAAUUCCUGCUCUAUAUACAACUGCAUUUUAAUAUUUUUGUUUCGUUUUUAAAGUUUUAAAAUGCCGUAACCUAUUUAACUCAAUGUAAUUCUCUCAGCGUUUGAGCGCGCUUUUAUUUUGCUGAUUUCUGUUACAUGCUAGAUUCUAGAGUGCUUACAAGAGGCAACUUUACAAAUAAGAUUAGUUUUAUGUUUCGUUGUACAUAAUUGAAAGCUAUUUUAU